UCGCGACCACGAGUGGGGUGGGGCGUGCCCACGGGCCCCCGCCCCCCUCGUCCCCUCGCCCAGCUCCGGAGCCGCAGCCUGGCCGGCGGGCCGGAGGUGGGCGCCGCACCCCUCCCCGGGCGUUCUUCAGCCACCAGGCCUUCCAGGACAAGGGGGACAGGGACGCCCCCUGCAGCAGGAGCCGUCGGGGAGGCGGACCCGAGACAAGGCAGGCAACCCCACUGGAGCCAGGCGCAGGGUCUGGGACGCAGCUGGGAGCGCAGAGGGCUGGCUGGGCGCUGCGGAGAGCAGCAGGCUGGGCCCGGCCUCCUGGGUGACAGGCCCUGCGCGGCCGGCAAGAAGGACGGGAGACCAGCAGGGAAGAGACUGGACCUAGAGUAGAGGCCGCUGCCUGUCUCCCUUAUCUGAGCUGAGGGAACCAAGGAAUUUAGAGCAACGUUUCCCCCGUUAUAAGAAAGACUCUUGCUUUCCGGAACAGCACCCUUUAUCUGAGCCAGCUCUGCCGGGAACGAAUCCUUGUAGCCUGGAACACCCCAUACUCCUUUAACUGAGGCCUCUGGGCCUCCCAGAGGACCAGGAGUUAGAAAGGAGGUUGGACAGUCCUUGCUGCCCCCCUGGGGAGAGAGGAAGUUCCCUGCCUGCUCCCAGGCCCAGGAGGAGCUGGGCCAGUGGUAGUGGGGUCCUGGCCCCCGAGGCAGCAGCGGCCAUGUCACGGCCAGGCCAGGGUGUGAUGAUGCCCGUGAACGGGCUGGGCUUCCCACCGCAGAACGUGGCCCGGGUGGUGGUGUGGGAGUGGCUGAACGAGCACAGCCGCUGGCGGCCCUACACGGCCACCGUGUGCCACCACAUCGAGAACGUGCUCAAGGAGGACGCCCGUGGUUCCGUAGUCCUGGGACAGGUGGACGCCCAGCUGGUGCCCUACGUCAUCGACCUGCAGUCCAUGCACCAGUUUCGCCAGGACACAGGCACCAUGCGGCCCGUGCGGCGCAACUUCUACGACCCGUCGUCGGCGCCGGGCAAGGGCAUCGUGUGGGAGUGGGAGAACGACGGCGGCGCGUGGACGGCCUACGACAUGGACGUCUGCAUCACCAUCCAGAACGCCUACGAGAAGCAGCACCCGUGGCUCGACCUCUCGUCGCUCGGCUUCUGCUACCUCAUCUACUUCAACAGCAUGUCGCAGAUGAACCGCCAGACGCGCCGGCGCCGCCGCCUGCGCCGCCGCCUGGACCUCGCCUACCCGCUCACCGUCGGCUCCAUCCCCAAGUCGCAGUCGUGGCCCGUGGGCGCCAGCUCGGGCCAGCCCUGCUCGUGCCAGCAGUGCCUGCUGGUCAACAGCACGCGCGCCGCCUCCAACGCCAUCCUGGCCUCGCAGCGCCGCAGGGCGCCCCCCGCGCCCCCGGCCCCGCCGCCCCCCGGAGGGCCACCCGGCGCGCUCGCCGUGCGCCCCAGCGCCACCUUCGCCGGCGCCGCGCUCUGGGCCGCGCCCGCCGCCGGCCCCGCCGAGCCCGCGCAGCCCCCCGGGGCGCCCCCGCGGAGCCCGAGCGCCCCCGGCGGCGCGCCCACCCCGGGGCAGAACAACCUCAACCGGCCGGGGCCCCAGCGCGCCACCAGCGUGAGCGCACGCGCCUCCAUCCCGCCGGGGGUCCCCGCGCUCCCGGUGAAGAACUUGAAUGGAACCGGGCCGGUCCACCCGGCCCUGGCAGGGAUGACCGGGAUCCUGCUGUGCGCGGCCGGCCUGCCCGUGUGCCUGACGCGGGCCCCCAAGCCCAUCCUGCACCCGCCGCCCGUGAGCAAGAGCGACGUCAAGCCGGUGCCUGGCGUGCCCGGCGUGUGCCGCAAGACCAAGAAGAAGCACCUCAAGAAGAGUAAGAACCCCGAGGAUGUGGUGCGAAGGUACAUGCAGAAGGUGAAGAACCCGCCUGAUGAGGACUGCACCAUCUGCAUGGAGCGGCUGGUCACAGCCUCCGGCUACGAGGGUGUGCUUCGGCACAAGGGCGUGCGGCCCGAGUUGGUGGGCCGCCUGGGCCGCUGCGGCCACAUGUACCACCUGCUGUGCCUCGUGGCCAUGUACUCCAAUGGCAACAAGGAUGGCAGCCUGCAGUGCCCGACCUGCAAGGCCAUCUACGGGGAGAAGACGGGCACUCAGCCGCCCGGGAAGAUGGAGUUCCACCUUAUCCCCCACUCGCUGCCUGGCUUCGCCGACACCCAGACCAUCCGCAUCGUCUACGACAUCCCCACAGGCAUCCAGGGCCCGGAGCACCCCAACCCAGGCAAGAAGUUCACCGCAAGAGGCUUCCCACGCCACUGCUAUCUGCCCAACAACGAGAAGGGCCGGAAGGUGCUGAGGCUGCUCAUCACGGCCUGGGAGCGGAGACUCAUCUUCACCAUCGGCACAUCCAACACCACGGGCGAGUCCGACACCGUGGUGUGGAACGAGAUCCACCACAAGACGGAGUUCGGGUCCAACCUCACGGGCCACGGCUACCCGGACGCUAGCUACCUGGACAACGUGCUGGCUGAGCUCACAGCCCAGGGCGUGUCCGAGGCUGCGGCCAAGGCCUGAGGCUGCCCACCUUCCCUCCUGCUUUGCCAGCAUACACGUCCCUCUGCCGGGUGUGUCCUGGCGGCCCAGGGUCAGGGCUGGGGAGGAGCCUGCGGAAGGAGCCAGAAGCAUUCCAGGGAUUUAGCUGGUGGCAGUUAGGGUGAUGGGAGGCCGGCUCUGACCCGUAGCUCCCUGAGAGGGGUGGCAGAGAGGGUACUGGAAACCACGGCAACCUCCGUCCUCCCUCACGCAAACACACGUGUCCUGGUGAACACAUGCACGCACACCCACGUGCCUCUACUUACCCCCAAGCUGGGGGAAGAGACAGGAAGACCCCUGUGACACUCCGUGUGGACCCCACCUGUGUCUCUGUCGCAUCUGUACAGGCUUGUCUGCCAGCAGGAGGAUUCAGGUCACGCACUCGGGCCUGCUGGGGCUCCCGGGGGGGAAACGGGGCACUUGGGACGUUCAGCCUACCCCCAUCUCUGUCACCGGUCUCUGCCACCCACUGAUGGGCAGUUGUGGGCCCAUGGGGUGGAAGCCUCAGAUGACUGAGCAGUUUUGCAAAGGGGCAGGCCACGGAGAGGGGGACUAGAGGUAUCUUAUUUUGUGCUUGUGUCUCUGCAUCCUCCUGGGACCCUGACCUCCUCCCCUCCCCUCCCAUCCCCAUGCCUUAUGUCUGUCCCAGAUAAGGCCCUGUUCUCCCCCCCGCCCCCAACUCUAUCCCCGCCAUCAAAUCGCUUCCAACGUCGAGACCCGAAGGCUGGAGCUUCAGGCUUCAGGAGCAAGGAGGAGGCCUCGCUGAGCCAGCAGGUCUAAAGAGCAGCUCGGACAGCAAGGAGUCCAUUCCAGU